AUGGCUUCUCGAAAAGAGAAGGCGAAGGCCUACCGUAACUCACGGAAUUCUAGCUCCCCUUGGUACUCGAAACAUCAAUUUAGACUCUCAACGGUAGUAAUCUUGGUUCUUGCCCUGGCAUUAGCUUUAUUCAGAUGGAUGAACGAUAAUCCUAUUGGAGUCUAUCACCAUGUCGGCAGCUAUGUGAACUGGGACGCUAGACGAGAAAGAGUCAAGAGUGCUUUCAUCACCAGCUGGGACGCAUACUGUGCCAAUGCCUGGGGGCACGAUAGAUAUCAUCCCGUCUCAGAAAAGGGCUCCCAGAUGAGUCCCGAUGGGCUCGGAUGGAUCAUCAUCGAUAGCCUCGACACAAUCAUGUUAAUGAACCUUACCGACCGUUUAGUCGAGCCUCGCAAAUGGUUGCAACGUACGCUAAACUACAACCAAGACCAAGACGUGAACACAUUCGAGAUGACGAUUCGCAUGCUCGGAGGACUGUUGUCGGCACAUUAUCUAGCCACGAAGCUUCCCGACGCUUCAUCACGCAGAGAUUCGAUAUAUCUAGCCAAGGCAGUGGAAGUCGCUGAUAGAUUGCUGCCAGCCUACGAAUCACGCACCGGUAUCCCCUAUGCUAGCGUGCAUCUGUCUAGAGCAAAGGGUUUGCCGUCCCAUUCAGAUGGGGGGUCAUCAUCGACGGCCGAAGCUGCGACACUCCAACUCGAAAUGAAAUAUCUAUCUUAUCUAACGGGCAAUGAAACCUACUGGCGAAAGGCCGAAAUGGCGAUGAAGGUACUUAGCGAUAAUCACGCCAAAGCUGGUCUCGUCCCCAUUUUCGUAAACCCAGAUUCGGGGAGGUUCACAUCGAGGGAAAUUCGACUCGGAAGUCGUGGCGACUCAUACUAUGUGAAGCAAUUCCUGCAGACAUCUGGGCAGGAACCCGUUUAUCAGGACAUGUGGGAAGAGGCCUUGGCGGGAAUCGAAGAUCAUCUCAUCACCACUACUAAACAUUCAGGUCUUAAAUUCGUCGCUGAACUUCUCCAAGGAAUCGGCGGGCCAUUAUCGCCGAAGAUGGAUCACCUUGUCUGCUUCUUACCUGGACUAAUUGCUCUCGGGGCCACACGAGGUCACACUUUAUCCAAGGCACGCAAUUGGCCCAGCUGGAGUGAUCAGAAGGAGGAUCAGAUCCAACUCGCUCGCGAUUUGAUGAAAACCUGCUGGGGGAUGUAUGUUGUGACUGAGACAGGACUUGCGCCGGAAAUCGCUUGGUUUCAUGCCAAUGAGGAAGACCUUCAACCGGCGCCCGGUGAUAGGCCUCUAGCGACUACUCGGAACUCGUUAACAGCGUGGAAGAAAGACUACAUCGUCAAACCACUCGAUGCACAUAACCUGCAGCGACCGGAAACUGUAGAGAGUCUAUUUAUGAUGUGGCGUAUCACCGAAGAUCCUCUUUAUCGCGAAUGGGGCUGGAAGAUAUUCAACGCGUUUGAAAAGCACACCAAGAUAAGUCAAGAGCAGGGUUAUACUUCCGUGAACGACGUAAACGCUAUUCCGCCACCCUCGAGGGAUAAUAUGGAGAGCUUUUGGCUGGCCGAAACUCUUAAGUAUCUAUAUCUCUUGUUCAGCCCUAACGACUUUAUUCCUCUUACCGAAGUUGUGUUCAACACCGAGGCCCAUAUUUUCCCGGUCCUCGAAAAGGUAAAGUGGCGGACGGGAUGGAGUAGAAGUUGA